AUGAAUGUACGACAAUGUUGUGAAAAAUUAAAUCGAAUGUUUUUACCUGAAGUAUUUUUACAUUUAUUAUUGACAAUUCUAUUCGUAUUCAAUGGAAAUUGGUUUGUUUUUUUAUUAAAUGUUCCAAUGGAUAUGUGGUCUGUUUAUAAAUAUUUCAAACGACAGAAAUCACCAGGUCAACUCGGAUACUAUGAUCCUUUGGAAAUAAACAACAAUAGAAAAAUAAAGUCGCAUAUGCAAGAACUUCUUAUACGUUUGGCAUUUUAUUUGAUAAGUUUUUUUGUUUACCUCUUUUUUAUGCUUAUUGAACGAUGUAUAUUUAAACGUAUAUUAAACGAUACUAAUUUUCGUACUUGGUUUCAUUUAAUUAAAAAUCGAUACAAUCGUUCGUUAUCAUCAUUCACACAGUUAAAUGUGGCAUUUUUUGGUUCUGACAGAUUUUCUAGUCAUAUUCUUGAACAUCUGUACCAAUUAACAACAUCUGGCAAGAAAAUAAAUCGUUUAGAAAUCGUUACUUCGUCGUCACAAAAAAAUAUGGUUCAACACUGUGCUAUAAAACAUAAUAUUAAUACACAUUUAUGGCCCAAUAUUGAUUUAUUGAAAGGAUUUGAUAUUGGCAUUUUAGCUUCAUUUGGACACCUUUUACCACGAAAAGUUAUUGAAGCAUUUCCAUUAGGAAUAGUUAAUAUUCAUCCCAGUCUAUUACCUCGUUGGCGUGGUAGUUCCCCAUUAGCUUAUACAAUUGCUGCUGGUGAUAAAAUUGGCGGAGUGUCACUAAUGGACAUUAGACCAAAACACUUUGAUAUUGGACCAGUUUUACUUCAAAAAGAAAUCAAUUUGUCACAUGAUAUUACAUUGUCCCAGUUACUUACUUUAACCGCAAAUACUGGCUAUCAAUUUCUUGAAGAUCCUCUUUAUUAUCGAGACAAUGCUGAACAGCAAGCAACUACUGGAAUUACGUAUGAUUUGAAACUACCACCUGACAAUGAUGUUUCCCCAGGAACAGCAGUCUACAAUAAAACAACUAAUACUAUUUAUAUACGGUGUAUGGAUGGAUGGGUUGGAUUCGAGAAAUUUAUUCGCAGGAAGCCAAUGAGUGCAAAAGACUUUUAUAAUGGUUAUUUGAGCAAAGUUAAACCAUUUAUAUUUGAAUCACAAAAAAAUCCUAUUUUUGAUCAUAUUGAUAAAAGACGCAUACCAGAUGAAUGUGUGUAA